UUCAGAAUGUAAAAUGUAUUUUAAAGUUGGGUGAUUUAAAUGCAUAACCCGAAAUAAUAUUUAUUGUAAUUGAAUAUGUAUAACGUAUACGAGGAACAAAUAAUGUGAGCGUGUGUGUGUAUGCGCACUAUCGAUUUCCGAGUUUUUUCAUAUUAUAACUUCUGUGAAUAAUUUAACAUCUCACUCCUCUAGAACGUGAUGAUGAUGAUGAUUCCGAUUAUAACACUGCAGAUACUAAUGUUAUAUUGAUGACGUGUGCGUGUGUGUGUGUCUACAGGGAGGAGGUUUCACUAUGUAUAUAGAUGUGUAUAUUUUUUACUUCGGAUAUUGACGACGACACGUCGACACGUUUUCGGCGUUCCGCCAACUCCCCUGGGAAGACAGCCACCGGCCGGACACGUGCCGAACAACAACAACUACUGUUUUUAUUGGAUGAUAAAAUAUGUAUAACACGUUAGUCGGGAUGACUUGAUUCCGCGUUAUAGUCGUUAACCGUUGCAAUACCAAUAACAAUAACCACAAUUGUCAUAUUAUAAUCAUUAUAUAAUAUAAUAUACUAUGAAUAUGUACCAAAAAUAAUUUAUAAUUUACAUAAUUUUAUAUUGUAUAAAGUUGACAUUUAUAUUAUAUUCAGUUUUAACAAAAAAUCUUAUAGCCAAACCUUCAGACGUAUACAUUAAUAUAAGUGGCUCAAAAUAAGUGGAGGGAUGCCUUUCAUAAUUUAUAUAGUUCUCAUACUUGGCUUAAAUAGUCGUACACCAUGUGGAGGGGAGUUCGACAAAGCGUAUCAACCGACGAGAUUGGGAAAUUGGGAAGUCCCGAAAUGGCAUCUAAACCGUCCAAAAGGUCGUUCGACCGUCACAAAAGUCAUUGCUAACGACAGAGGACAUUUGCUGCCCGGGGUACAAAAAACCGAUCAGAAACACUGGGCCGGACUCUACUUGGGCACGUAUCAGUUGCCGAAACGCAUCUCAAAAGAAAUCGCUACAGAACUGUCUGGUCCGAAGUGUCAGACGUGGAUGAAACGUUCGUAUCACCACCCGUUCAUCGACCGUAGCCAACGAAACAAGACCGAGAACGGCGAGAACAAUAAUAAACUGGAGCUAAUUAAUGUCAAUAAAGAACAACGAAAUAUAGCCAACGAAGAAACCGACAGAGAUUCAAUUAAGUCCGUCAAGUCUGCGGUAUCGGACAUGCCAGCGCCGAACGUCUCCAGGAUCGAGGCGGUCAGGAAUUGCGCAUCGGCGGACGGCCGUGGACCUUUGAAUUCGACAGCUGACGACGACAAUGACGACUGCGACAGCGGCGGCACUCGUAAGACAAGACAACGCGGAGUAGUCAACGGCAGCGGCGCGAAAACACCGUCCAGCCCCGCGUUGAGCCGAAUAAGCGCGAGCUGUGGCCACCUGCAGGUCGCGGGCACAGAAGACGAUGACGGCGAGCGGCCGCCGUUGGGCGGUAACGAACAGCCGACUGGGCGCCGGUACGGGGACGCGCAGAGACACCACGGGCUGCCGGACGCCAUCGAGGACGCGGUGUACCGGUCGCUGCAGACAAAGCGGCACAAACAUCCGGGACUGGGACUGAACGGCUGCUGGCCCAAGUGUUCCGCGGUGGCGUACAAGUCGUUCAACGACCCGGGCCCAACGCAGUGCAGCAAGCUCCGAGUGUACAGGCCAAAGACGUCAUCGUCGUCAUCGCCACCUCCGUCGUCAGCCGAUGGCGGGGACGGCGAGAAAAAAGACCCAGCCCGGAGGCGUAACAAAAAUUUGUCACGGCCCAAGACGUGCGGACCCGUCAUGACGGCCCAACAGUUGACUGACAUCAAGCUGGCCCUGUGCUGGGACCUGGACGCGCCAUUCGACAGGAACCGGCCACCACGACCGCCUGACGAGCCGGCCGUGUUCCACAAGGUUCGGCAGCAACUACAAAUGCAACAGCAGCUGCAGCAGCCAUGCGCGGGGGAACCCUCGACGGGCAAACCGCAAAAUUCAUCAGCCGUCAUGGGCUUUGUUCGGACGGUCGGAAACUGUAACGUCGACGGUGACGGUGACGGCGAAGUGGUGCCGGAAGCGCGACGGACACAGACCCGCGAGUGUCUGAUGAAAAAUCGCAAUCUGUCUGCCGUCAUGGAACUGAUACCAAGCAAAGACCGCGAGGGUAGCCGUAGACCCGCGGCCACAGCGACAGUGGCUGACGGCGAUGUCUCCGCAGCCGCGGACCGACCUGCUCUCCCGAACAAACCUUCGUCGUCGUCGUCGUCGUCGUCAUCGUCCGCCCGUCGCGGCAAAAAUGGUUCGGACGUCAAUGGCCGCAACGACGACGUCUGCAAAUCCGACGACCAUGGCCACAGUGACGACGACGAUAACGACCAUCGCCAGGACCUCGACCACCCCCACAAGUCGAACAAACCCAGUGCGGUGCAGUGUCCCGCCGUCGGUUCGCCAUCCGACCGGCGCCGACAUAGGCCGACGCAACACUGCAGUAACUCCGCCACAGAAAAGGAGCCGAAACAAAAGCGGCAUGGCCGACACUCUUACCGGCCUUGUCUGGCCUGUGACGACCCAAACGUGGCAGCGGCCGCUAACUUCAAGAGGGACGACGAGUGCGAGCACUACAAGAUGGCGUUCAAGGCGGGCGUGCCAGUCAGCACACCGGUCAGGCUGCGAACGGCCGCAGCCGGCAAACCGGCUAAGCACCUCAAAGUGCCCAAGCCGAAGACCACCAACUCGGACAAGAAGAAGUACGUCAUCGGCACGCUGCUGCCGCCGUUCUCCAUGUGGCCGGGCACAACGGCCCGCGAUUACCCCGAACACUGGAGGCUCACGUCCGUCUAUAGGCAGGCGUUCAAGCCACUUGAGCUGCGCAAACAGCCUCUGCUCCAGACCAUUUACCUGUAAAGGCAGUGAUGGCGGUACGGUGAAUGAUGCUCCUCGAUGGGGGGUGAGAGUGGGGGACAGUAAGUAUAUAUCUAAAUAAUGUCAGCAGUUAGACUCGUAUUAUGAGUUAUAUAGGCGGAGAUCGGUUGGGGGGAGCCUACCGUUCCCUAAAUAAUUUAUUCGAGAUCGAAGCAUCCCCAACAAUAAAACAAAUAAUAUCUAUAAUUUACAUGACGUUUAGAUUUAAAUUUAAAUUUAUUUAUUAUUUUAUAUUACCAGUGAAGGGAUUUCUGCUGCUUUUACAAUGAUAUUUAUUGCCAAUUUAUUUAUUCUUUUUUUUUCUGCGUACACUUUUUCGAAUAGUAAUCGUUUUCGGAUCCAAAGAGUUCAUCUAUACCUCUCUUUCGAUCAAAAAUCACCUUAUAGGUCAGCUAGAACUUUAGAAUUGUAAUUUUUAAAAAAUUUGAUUUUCUAUUUAUUGAUGGAUUUAUUUAGAGCUGUUGUCUUGAGUAAUUAAUAGCUUAACUGUUUAAAUUCGACUAAAAUCUGUAAAUCAUGAAAUUUAACUUAAAUAUUUAUUUAUGAUAAUUAACGGGCAUCAUAAACCCUUCAUCACAACAUUACAAAAAUAGACGUAACUCCAAAAAAAAUACAGUUUUGAAACUUAAUCGGGGUUAAGGCCAGGGUUAGGGGCAUGGCCUUCCCAUGUUUAGUAUCAAGUAUUUAACCAUCCCCCUUAAAAUAUUGUACAGGGUCUCCGCCUAUACUUACUGAGUAAGCACCUCUAUGUCUAAUACACAUAUAUAUACAUAAUAUAUAAAAGUGAUUGUGCGUUUGUUCGGAAACCCAAAAAGCUGUCAAAGAAAUAUUCACAUAUUAAGUUGUGUUGGUUUUAGUUUUGGUUAAAUGCCACAAAAAAAAUUAAUAAAAAAUUAAUCAUUUACGAGCAAUACAACGUUUACCGGGUCAGCUAGUAUUUAUAAUAAAAAUAAUCUAAUAUAAUUAUAAUAAGACAUAAGUUGUGUGUAGACGACACGAUACACCGCUUAUUUAAAAACCAAUUAUUUGCAAAUGCGUGAAAGUUGAAAAAUAUUCUCAAAAAUCGUUGGCGGUCGCGAUAACCGCGGUAGGUAAAUAAUACCAACUUCCAUCAUUAUUCAUUAAUCGUCCUAUACGGCUGGCGUCAGCUGUAUGCGUAUUACCCACUUAUCCCUCCACUGUAAUUAUUCCGCAUAUCCCGUGAAAAAAUCCUUUACACGUCUAUAUAAAGACGUAUUGGUACGUAUCUGGCUAUAUAACAGGGGUCGUCAGUGAUAAAGAGUUACGAGCUGCGUAGUAUAAUGAAAAAUAUGUAAGAGACUAUAUUAUAGGCAAGAUCAGGAAAAAAAACCGUAGCCAUUUGCCUCCAAAAAUGUCCUCCUCUGUCCAUUUUUCUCCAAUAAGGAAUUACGAAUAAAAAAAAUAUCAAAAAUAUAUUUUAAGCCUUAUUAUAAUAAUAUUUCCUCCAA